CUAUUUGUUUGGUGGAAGCCUUGGCUGGAACCGUGCCAUCAAUCUCUUGCAGAAUCCCAGACACAGGCAGGCAAAGCAAAGCAUGAGCACAAACUUGCUGCUCUCUAAAGCCGCACAGAGCAGGGGAGAGCAGCUCCAGCCAGACAUUUUAGAGCUCGGCAGCACCGAGGCAACAGCUACCGGGGAUUCUCUGGAUUUAUCCUAUAAGGAAAGGGAGACCGUUGCUAUCCGGACAGCCGUCCGGCGGAUCUGUACCGGGGCCGCUGCCACUUUGGAUCGCCAGAGCUUUGCCUUCUCCUUACUAACUGGCUUCAGGGCGUGCUGGUGACUGGACUGAAUAGAGCCAUUAUGGAUCCAGAGAUUAUCCUCCUUCACCUCCUCAAGCAUAUCGGUGUUUAUCUUAUCCUGUGGCCAAAGAAUUGAAUCCAACCAGCAAAAGAAAAUCUCUUCCAGCUCUGUUGGAGAUGCCUUUCCGGCUUCCUGUGUACAGAAGGGUACUCAGUGAUGUGACCACAGGCUAAAUAUUCCCAUGAUCCUCUGCCAUUUCCCAUCAUUACAUGUUAAGAAAGUGCAAGAAAACAUCUGUUUGCACUUAGAAGAUGUCUGGAUCUACUCAGCAAGCCACACAGAGCCGAAGGACAGGAGAGGCUCGCUAUCCUCCCCAUGCUAUGGCCUAUCCAAUACAGUUGUCUCGUGCGCACACGGAUGCCAACCUCUUGGAGUACCAGCACCACCCCCGUGAUUACAGCUCCCACCUAGGCCAUGGCUCCGUUCUCUUGACACAAAGAAGGCGGCCCUCACUGCUGUCUGAAUUCCAGCCAGGAAAUGAAAGGUCUCAAGAGCUACAUGGAAGAGGAGACCAACAUUCCUACCUGUCUGACCUGAGCAAGCAACAAGAUCUAGACCUGGCAGAAGUAAAGAGGCCUAGACUGGAAAUUCUUCAUGACCCACUUAUCCGACACUCUACCCUCAUAACACAAAACCAGCAUGUAACAGGGGAAGAAUUAAACAAGGAUCGCUGCAUGAGUGGGAAGCUAGAGCCUGUAUCCCCUUCCAGUCCUCCUCUAGCUGAUGGAGAUCUAGAUCUUCUGCCUACCAGGCUUUCCAAGGAAGAACUGAUCCAGAAUAUGGACAGAGUAGAUCGGGAAAUCAUCAUGGUGGAGCAGCAGAUAUCCAAACUGAAGAAAAAACAGCAACAGUUAGAGGAGGAAGCUGCCAAACCACUUGAACCUGAGAAACCAAUUUCACCCCCUCCUGUUGAAUCAAAGCACCGGAGUUUGGUCCAGAUUAUCUACGAUGAGAACAGGAAAAAAGCUGAGGCAGCCCACCGGAUACUGGAAGGUCUUGGACCCCAUGUGGAACUACCUUUAUACAACCAACCUUCAGAUACGAAGCAAUAUCACGAGAACAUUAAAAUAAACCAGACGAUGCGAAAGAAGCUGAUACUGUAUUUUAAAAGACGAAACCAUGCACGGAAGCAGUGGGAGCAGAAACUGUGUCAGCGCUAUGACCAGUUAAUGGAAGCCUGGGAAAAGAAAGUGGAGCGGAUUGAGAACAACCCACGAAGACGAGCCAAAGAGAGCAAAAUAAGAGAGUAUUAUGAAAAACAGUUUCCGGAGAUCCGCAAGCAGAGGGAACUACAGGAACGCAUGCAAAGCAGGGUAGGACAGAGGGGAAGCAGCCUGUCCUUUUCUGCAGCACGCAGUGAGCACGAAGUGUCAGAAAUUAUUGACGGUCUCUCAGAGCAGGAGCUAACAGAAGAAGAAUACAGUUUCAAGGUGCUAAAUCUGGAGAGGCAGAUGCGCCAGCUGGCAGUCAUUCCUCCCAUGUUGUUUGAUGCUGAACAGCAGAGGAUCAAGUUUAUUAACAUGAAUGGUCUUAUGGACGAUCCCAUGAAGGUGUACAAGGAACGGCAGGUUAUGAACAUGUGGAGCGAACAGGAAAAAGACACAUUUAGGGAGAAGUUUAUACAGCAGCCCAAGAACUUUGUGUUCAUUGCCUCAUUCUUGGAAAGGAAGACUGUUUCAGAUUGCGUGCUUUUCUAUUACCUGACCAAAAAGAAUGAAAACUACAAAAGCCUCAUAAGAAGGAAUUAUCGGCGCCGGGGAAAGAGCCAGCAGCAGAUGCCCCGCUCUAACCAGGAAGAAAAAGAUGAAAAAGAAAAGGAGGGUGAUAGAGACGAAUACAAGCAAGACCUGGAGAAUGAAAAGGAUGAACCUGGAAAGGAGAAGAAUGACGACACAUCUGGUGAUGAGAAUGAUGACAAAGAAGCAGUGACAGCAAAAGGGCGCAAAACAGCCAACAGCCAGGGCCGACGUAAGGGGAGGAUUACAAGGUCUAUGGCAAAUGAGGCCAAUGAAGAAUCGACUGCGCCCCAACAAAAUGCAGAUUUAGCUGCCAUGGAGAUGAAUGAAAGCUCACGGUGGACGGAAGAGGAAAUGGAAACCGCUAAGAAAGGUCUCUUUGAAUAUGGACGUAACUGGUCUGCCAUUGCCAGGAUGGUGGGCUCCAAGACCGUGUCCCAGUGCAAGAACUUCUACUUCAAUUACAAGAAGAGGCAGAACCUAGAUGGCAUUUUACAGCAGCAUAAACUGAAAAUGGAGAAGGAGCGGAACAACAGACGUAAGAAGAAAAAAGCAGUCCAAAUGGAGGAGGAGACCCCAUACCCUCCUGCUAUGGAGGAUGAAGAGAUGGAGGCAUCUGGUAUGAGUGGCAAUGAAGAGGAAAUGGCAGAUGAAGGAGAUGCUGCAGUUAAUAACAGUUCAGACACUGAGAGUGUCCCUUCACCGAGGCAGGAAGCCAAAGAGAGGAGAGAGAAUGAACCCAAGCCAACGGGAGCUUCUGGGGAGAACGCCAACACUGAGGUGGUCGUCAGUCCAGAAAACUCCACAGCCGAACAAUGUCAGGACACUACCGAGAAAACUUGUAAUGAGGAGGUGGCUGGGAAGGAAGAAACUCAUAUCAUUAAAAAGGAGGAAGAGGAAGAAGGAAAAGCCUGCGAGGAGCUGAAUAAACAGGAGAUAAAGCAAGAGGAGCUGGAGGACAGCAAAGAAAAUGUGGCUGAAAAGGUAGAAGAGAUGCAGAAAGAAACAGGAGAAGCAGCACCAGCAGAGGAUGCAACCUCUAAAAUUGAAAAGAAGCACAGCAAACAUACAGGCAAGGCAAAUGCAGACAGUGACUCUAGUGCCACCUGCAGUGCAGAUGAAGCAGAUGAAGCCGAGAAAAACAGGCUACAGUCUCCCCGGCCCAGCCUGCUAAGUUCCAGCAGCGAAGUACGGAUCAACUCCUCGCCUCAGAAGCCACUGGACCUGAAACAGUUGAAGCAGAGAGCAGCUGCUAUUCCACCCAUAAUUUCGGAAGGCUUCUCUGAGUCAGCUGCUCAGAACACUCCAGUGAAGCAACAGAUGAGUCAUGGGCUGGCCCUUUACCAAGACCAGAUCACAACAGUUCCUGAUUUGGCCCUGGAAGUACUGGCACUCACUAAGCACCCUCAGCCUCCUGUGCCACCUGACAAGGAGCAGCAGACAAUCAAUAGCCCCAAAGGGAGCAGUAAAAGUCCUAUGACUGUGGAAAAGGAUGAAAAACCUCAAUAUGUGGGAUUACAGGUGGAAACGCCAAGAAUAAGUGCAAAGUCGACAUGCAUUGCGCUUUGGCCCCCUAAUGUACCACAAAGUCAAGUGCCUGCCAGAGAAGUGAUAAAGCCCCCAUCUCCUUCUGAAGCUCUGUCCUCAUAUAACGCCCAAGGUCAUCCAGUGCCACUAAACCUGCAUGACAGCUCCCGAUCUGGGGUACCUCGCAUUCCCAGUAUAUCCAACCCCCCUCCUCUCAUCUCCAGCAAGCACCCAACCGCUAUAGAAAGACCCAUUGUAUCUAUUUCUCAGGGUGUUCCCAUCCCACUUCACGUUCCUUAUGGUUCAGAACAUGCAAAGGUCCCUGCUGGAUCAAUCACGAUGGGUUUACCGAUGAACAUGGACCCUAAAAAAUUGGUGCCAUUCCUGAAACAGGAGCAACUGUCACCUCGAAGCCAGCCAAGCCAACCAGAGAACCUUGCAAUGCAGACUUCUCAGGAGACCUCCAUUUUUAGGGGGACAUCCCAAGGAGGAAGUCUCAGCAAGGGCAUUCCAGCCAGCAGGCCACCUUCAAACUCGCCAAUUACUUACCGAGGAUCCAUUACCCAUGGUACUCCAGCUGAGGUACUUUACAAAGGAACCAUUACCAAAAUCAUGGGAGAAGACAGUCCAGGAGUCCGCGAGGGCCUUUCUAAAGGGCAUGUCAUAUAUGAAGGAAAGAAGGGACACGUUCUGUCCCUUGAUGGAAGUUCAACAUCUCAGAAGGAGGAUGGUCGGACAGCAGCUUCCUCCCAUGAGAUCAGUAGUUCUAAACGCACUUAUGACAUGAUGGACGGGCGGGUGCCACGAGGUUUGCAAGUUCGUGAGCUUCCAGCUGGUCCCAUUGAGGGCCUUAUUGGAAGAGCGAUUCCAGGAGAUCGGCAUAGCCCCCACAGUAUGAAGGAACCACUGCAACACCUCCGAGGCUCUAUAACACAUGGUACCCCUCGUUCAUACAUUGAGGCACAUGAGGACUACCUCAGAAGAGAAGCCAAGCAGCUGAAAAGAGAAAGCACUCCACCACGCGGUCUACCUGAGGCCUACAAAGUGAGGUCACAUGAAGGCCUUUCAGGCCCAUUAAAGAUGAAGGCCCAUGAAGCCAUGGUGGCAACAGUGAAGGAAGUAGGGAGAUCUGUCCAUGAGAUUCCUAGGGAAGAAAUGAGGCACACACCGGAAAUGCAGGUUACACCCAGGUCUCAUAAGGAAGGUUCAAUCACACAGGGUACCCCUUUGAAAUAUGACAGUGGUUCCUCAUCUUCAAGUGCCAAAAAACAUGACGUGCGUUCAAUAAUCGGUAACUCGGGUAGGCCAUUCCACACAUUGCACCCCAUGGAUGUCUUGCAGGACCCAAGGACUAUGGAGAGAGUGUGUUAUGAGGAGGCACUGAAAAGCAGACCCGGCUCUGUUACCAGCUCUGGUGGCUCCAUUACAAGGGGGGCACCGGUUAUUGUGCCAGAUCCAGGCAAGCCAAGACACAGUCCACUCUCUUAUGAAGAACACCCACUGGCCCAUGGGGCAGGGUUUAGCAGCCAUUUGAAUAGAGGGUCUCCAGUGACCACAAGGGAGUCUUCACAAAGGCAGCUUGAAGGGAGCAUUACAUCUGGAAAGCCUAUACCUCAGGAAAGGAAGAGUACCCCUAAUCCGAGAGAUGCAGCAAACUCCAAGUCUCCUCACACCACUGUCCCAGAACACCUUCACCCUCUAUCCCCCUAUGAGCACAUACUGCGUGGAGUCAGCCAGGCUGACCUCUAUAGAGGUCAUAUACCUUUAGCAUUUGACCCUGCUACCAUUUCCAGAGGGAUCCCAUUGGAGGCAGCUGCCUAUUACCUGCCCAGACACUUGCCACCUAAUCCCGCCUACCCCCACCUCUACCCUCCGUACCUCAUCCGUGGCUACCCAGAUACUGCCGCCAUGGAGAAUCGCCAGACUAUCAUCAAUGACUACAUCACCUCACAGCACAUGCACCAUAAUACAGCUACUGCCAUGGCGCAGAGGGCAGACAUGUUGCGUGGCCUGCAGCAGAGGGAUCCAGCCCUGGCUCUCAACUAUACAGCAGGUCCUCGAAGAAUUAUAGACCUCUCUCAAGUGCCACAUUUACCCGUCCUCAUUCCCCAGUCUGCAAGUCCAUCUGCUGCCACAAUGGAUAGGAUAACCUACAUCUCUGGGGCACCGCAGACCUUUAGUAGCCGACACAGCAGUUCCCCACACUCCCCAGCAACCAGCUCACAUGUGACCAAACAGACCUCAUCUGCUCCUGAGCGUGAGAGAGAGCGUGAAAAGUCAGUGCUGUCUACUACUGUGGAGCAUGCGCCUAUAUGGAGACCUGGCACAGAACAGAGCAGUGGACGCUCUUCCAGUCACAGCCACCAACACUCCCCAGUGUCACCACGCAUGCAUGAAAAUGUGCAGCAGCGCCCCAGUGUUCUUCAUAAUACAAGCAUGAAAAACCUUAUGGCCAGCACAGAAAGCUCCACCCCAUCAGUUCUGCGAACUUCUUCAAGCUCUUCGCCCAUCCGAUCAUCAGUGCAGUUGACUGCAGCGUCUCAUCGCUCCGCAGGUGGAUCUGAGGGUUACCAGUCUGCUGAGCAUGCUAUGUUACAGAAGGAUCUAACUAGGACACGUGACCCCAAGUUAGAACGCCAUAGGACUGAGAACUUUUAUAACUCCAAGCUGUCUGCUGCAGCCAUAGAACAGACUUCUCCCAUAAAGGCUAUGGAGUCUCGGCCACUCAUCGCAACUGGGGCCAGUUCAGCUCACCAGUAUAACAACGGACAGGGGAAAGGCCAACAGCAUCAGCCCCUGGACCAGUCUACAGUGGCAGCGAGUGAGCAGCACAAUAGGGACAAGACCCCAAAUAAACCCUUUUCCAUGCAGGAACAGGAGCUCCGAUCACUCGGUAAGACCACCAUGACUGCGGCCAACUUCAUAGACGCCAUUAUCAUGCGUCAAAUUUCUUGCGAUAACGGAAAGCGAGAAAGAGGCUCGCUAAAUAUCGACGCCAAUAGUGAUGGAUUCCCUGCUGGCUAUAGCCCCGACAGACUUGAUAGCCCCAGGAAUUCCCCCGGACUGUGCCAUGACAAGGGCAUCCUUGCGGCUACACAGGACCUGGAAAGCUCAGGAUUUGAUCAGGAGUUACGACAAAAACAAGGGCCCAUCAAGCUUUCAACAUCAGAUGGUCACAUGCGGCAGAAAGCCGAAGGCCAACAAUCACCAUGUCAUGCUCAGCCUCCAUAUGGAAAAAGCCAACGGGUGGUCACCUUGGCACAGCACAUUAGCGAGGUGAUUACGCAGGAUUACACUCGGCACCAUCCACAGCAGCUACAUCCUCAAAUGCCAGCAUCAAUGUAUUAUGCUGGAGCUGGUUGUCCUGUACUGGAUCUAAGGCAGAACCCCAGCGACAGUGUGCUUCAGCAUCAGGAACUGGUUCAGGCUGCAAGAGUAUCGCCAGGGAGCAACGGAGAGAAACGAUCACCUGAUCAAAACAAAGCAUCUGCAUUGAGUGGAUCAGAAGAUGGUAUCGACCCCAUAUCUCCACCAGAGGGCAUGGGAGACCCAGACUAUUCUAGAAGUACCACAUAUCCCACUUUAUAUAGAGAGGGAGAACUGACAGAACCAAGAAUGGGUUCGAAAUCCCCAGGGAACAACACACAGCCCCCAGCGUUCUUCAGUAAGCUGACCGAGAGCAACUCUGCUAUGGUUAAGUCCAAGAAACAGGAGAUGAUUAAAAAGCUUAGUACAACCAACAGGAGUGAGCAAGAGUAUAGUGUGGGACAGCCAGGAACAGAGAUAUUUAACAUGCCAGCCAAUACAGGAGCAGGACCCAUCAGCAGCAGAAACCAAACUGUGCCAGAGACUUCCAACAGCAACAUGGGAUUGGAGGCCAUAAUAAGAAAGGCCCUAAUGGGUAAAUAUGACGAGCACUGGGACGACCGCUCAGCUCUCAAUGCCAAUGCUUUUAACCCUUUGAAUGCCAGCGCAAGUCUGCCCUCUGCUAUACCCAUAACCACUGUCGAUGGACGGAAUGACGACAUGCGAUCCUUGACAGGCAGUGGAAAAGCCAAGAUUCCCAGACCAAGCAGCCGGAAGGCCAAGUCUCCUGCACCAGGUCAGGCUUCUGGAGAAAGGCCUCCCUCAGCUUCAUCAGUGCAUUCAGAGGGCGACUGCAACAGGAAAACUCCCCUAACUAACAGAGUGUGGGAAGAGAGGCCAUCCUCAACAGGGUCAACACCAUUUCCAUACAAUCCACUAACAAUCCGGCUCCCAACGGGCCUUGUUGCUGCUCCAACCUCUUCAUCCAUUCCACAGAGUAACUCUGGAACCCCACAGAGGGCUCGGGAUGAAGAGCCCAAACCGCUGCUUUGCUCCCAGUAUGAAACUUUGUCAGACAGUGAGUGACAGUGUAGCGAGACUAGCCAAUCCAUGGAGGAGCUCUGGUCACUAUGGAAUCCCCACGGCCAAUCUAAUUGCUUGGAAAGGAAGCAGCAGCCAAUGUGAUCCAACGACUGGAAAAACUGGGAAGAAAAUGUCUAUUUCAGUCUGAAAAGCCUUAAAACAACUCCCUGAUCUUCACUGGAGGGUCAGUGUUUUUACAGUUUCUGGAACGAGACUGCUCAGAAAAGAGUAGCGAGUCCCAGACCUCGCAGAAGAUUGGAUAUUUCAGUUCUAUACUCAGGGGAUAUUUCCACCUGGUGCUUUGCUACAUUGCAUUGGUUUGUUAAACUAGCUGACUCGUGUGCGUGAUUUUGUAUGUCUGUGUACAAUGUAUAUGUAUGUACAUGUGUUCAUAUGCACUUAAAUAUAUUCACAUUCCAGUUUAUUGCACACAGACCUAGAAGUGCAGAGAAGCUGCAUGCGCGGCCAUUGCAGAACUUUGCCCACUCUGGUUGGGAGCCUUUUAGAGGUCUCCUGAUCUUAUUGUGUUCCCUGAGAAGCCAAUGAUAGCACUUGAUUUGUUUCCCUCAGCCCGUAACUCUCUAAGAAUGUUCUGCUGAAGGAUUACUAGUGACAUGAAUAAAGAGACAACCUUUUGCGCAAUUGCUGCAUGUUUUUUUCCAGGAAUAUGCACACUGUAUAUAGUGUGGCACCAGUAUUUCCACAUUGUGUAGGCUGCUGCGGUCCUGUCUGAUAGGUGGGAGGGCCGGUGAUGAUGAAAAAGGACCCUUCCCUCUUUCCGUAAGGAUAUCUCUCCAGCAGUGAACCCACAGAGCCACAGAGAGUUGAAGUUGCACUCCUAGGAUGGGGAGUCAUGUGUUGGUAAAGGGGCCACUGUCCUGUGAGUGGGAUGUACAUAUGAAGCCAUUAUUGUAUAGACACACUAUUCUAAUUCUAUAUUAAAGCAAUUGCACAAGCAGAAUUAAGGAGGUUGAAAACUGUAAUGAAGAUAAACUGUAAUGUUACAUUUUGUUUUUUGUGUUUAGCCUUGAUCCUGAUAGAUGUUGUUAGAGGGGCUUCAUCAGGUCCCACCACAUCUGUUGGCCUUUGGGCUCUGUAUAUAGCUUCUUCUAACACAGCAACAAGGAAGUAAUAAAGAUAUGAGCCAUUGUUGUGCCAACAACAGGUGCUAGUUUAAUCAACUAGCACUUUGAAUGCAAGCCCCCCCCCCCCCGUAUUGUAGGGCAGUGCUAACUGGUUAUCUGUAUAUCUAAUAUUCACUCCAUGUUUUUAAGUAUUGUCCACCAUUUGCUGUCCUUAAAUAAGUUAGAAAAGCUGAAAUAGAGGUUCCUUUGGAUGUGGGGCUGGCCACAAUAUGAAUCAGAUAGAGGGACCAGUCUGAGUGUGACAUGCUUAUUUGCUGUUGCUGAAACCCAUGGAACCUCAUUAGGCGCUAAGGAGAUACCAAACUCAUGUUGGGCUGCAAAGGGGCCUUGAACCCUAGAAGUCUAAAAAAUCUGAUUAAAAAAAAAGUUAUAAAAUAUAUGAAGAAAAAUACUAGUUAUUGUUCAUAAAAACAUAAAGUAUUUAUUUCAUGGAUAGUGAACUUUAGGACUUUUGUAAUAAUAAGAAUUUAUGUAGGCUAAGGCGGAGAAUUGUGACAAUUUAUGGAGGCUUAGCCUGUACAAGGCAGGGUCAUAUUCUAUAUGCAAUAUUUAUAUAUAAUUAUAAGCUCUCCAUUGGCAUGCCUUCUAUUGUUAGCUUCCCCUAGCAACAAUGUCUGUAGGUGCCUUUCCUUCAGAGGGUUGGGUGAGGGGAACCUUCAGAAGCAUUCUGUUCCAACCUAAUGUUGGUUACAUCCAAAUGAUAGCAUUGCUCAGUCUGAGUCUUCGCACAAAGACAUGACAUUGCAAAGCUUAUAGAUUGACAUGUAUUCAGUUGGGAAAUAUGGGUGUAUAUGGGGCAACUAAAUCAUGCUUCAUAGUGUGGAAAUACAGGGUAUGCUUUAAAGUAAAACAUUCUAGGUUCCAUUGUGAUACUAGAAAGGGAUAAAGUAGAAUAGGGAAGAAUUAAACCCCCUGCCUAAAGCAGCAGAAAGGCUAUCUGUAACAAUAAGUAACUUGGUAUUGGUUCAAUAUGAGCAGCCUUUUGCUAUUUUUAUGCUAUUUAUUUAACCCCUUUAUUUGACAUCUUAAACACAAUGUCAAAUAUAUUGGAGUUUAACAACUUGGGGGUCUUACACUAGUACAAAUUCUUCUACAGUGGGACCAUCUGGUAUUAAAGCCAUAUCUAUACCCAGUACCUGUUCCUUCUCAUGAAGCAGUCACAGACUCUUUGAUUUCAUUUUCCAUGAAAAAGGGAUCUACAUAUAGAGCAGUGCCCUAUAACCCCCACCUCCAUUUUAUAUACCUCUAAAACUACUACUGUCUUCAGAAUAUGAUCUCCAAACUAAUCUCUAAUAAAUAGAUGAGAGACUUGCUAGACUCUCUUGCAAGUAGGCGGUGCGUCUAUCUGUCCGCUGAAUGGGAAAGGGGCAGGGCAUUGCCGCUGGAUCACAUAAUGAUUCGGUACAUGUAUGCAAUGUUUUGGGCUUUCAGUUGGAUUCAGUUUGAUAACAGGAUUACUAGCAAUAUAUAGAGACAUAAAUAGGUUUAAAAACUAUAUUGUUUAACACCCUGGAACCUGUUUUUGACUGGAAUGUCCCACAUUGGUUAUGUGUAGAACGGAGCUUUCAAAUAUAGCUGCUUAUUUCCUAGUCGCCCAUCUCAAAAUAUAUAUAUUGCACACCAUAAAUGUAGUAAAAUAUUUUUAUUAAUACAUUAUCUAAAACAAACAAACCCCACAAUCCAUGGCCUUAAAUGUUUUGUGCCCAUAAAGCAAGUCGUAGGCAGUAAGGAAGUUCAGAUACAAACUGGAUUUUUAAAAGCACAAAAAUUAAGAUCCUAGAAUGUUAAAUGCUGAAUUUGAUUGAUUUACCUCCUUAGGGGAAUAUAGAAUACAACCCUGCCUGGUGUAUAAUGAUAACUUUAUUGAUCCUCCUGCUGUUUGUAUAAUAGAAGUGAAUGAGUCAUUACUGAUGUAACUGAUGAAGUUGUUUCUGAUGAUGUUAAUUUUGAUUGGGUUUUAAAUGGUGGGAGGGGUUUGUGCUUUUCAAAAUCUAGUUUGUGUCUGAAGUUCCUUACUGCCUAUGGGCACAAAACAAGUAAGGUCAUGGAUUGUGGGGGUUGUAUGUUUUAGAUAACGUAUUAAUAAAGACUUUUGUUAUUUUUUUUAUAAUUAAUUGUUGGAGUGCAAUAUAUAUUUUUAUAGAUGUAAGUUACCCCUCAGUAUGUACUGAAACUCAAUGGAACUUGCUAAUUUCCUAGUACUACUGUAGUACAAACUCAACCAAAUUUUGGUCCCCAGUUCAUAGAACUGUAGGCCCAUAGUGCACUCCUACCUGACUCAUAUUUACCCAUAGGAACCAAUCAGAAGUUUGCAUGCCACUGGCCUUUAUCUUUCUCACUUCCUCUCCUGGCACUACAGCACUUGGAACCCACCAACAUUGGUCUUGCAGGGCCUUGGUUGUUUAAGAAAAAAGCCAUUGACCUUUAUAUGAGAGCCCCAUUAUUUUCCUCCUUAUCAAUAUCUGAUCAGAGCUUGUUUGGUUACCAAUCAGGCCAGGCAGAAAACCUCUUGGCCUCAUGGUGAUCCAAUGAUUGGCCAAUGAGCUGAAUGUUCAAAUGAACACAAAUUGCCCCACCAUGUAGAUGGCUGUAUUAGUUGGCAGUGGCCAAAUGAGCAUAUCUUUACACACACACAGACAGCUUCAGUUUCUAAAUGUCUUAAGUUUCCCCCUGUUGUGUAUGUUGUUUUGUUAUUUAACCAGCCUAGGAAUUGAUUUACAGUUUAAUGAGCUGCUGGUGCGCCACAUGAUCCUGGCCAUCAAAACAAGCUUCUUAUGUCCAUCAUGGCCUGCAAUUAAAGGCAACUGCUAUUUGUCCAGUAGCUAAAAAGGGUUUGUUGUUUAUAUGAGGAAAGCAGCCUUUUAUGUGGCCAUAGGAAACAUUGGAGCCAUUCUCUACCAGAAUACAGGAAGUAGUUUUAGAGGCAGCAGGAAAUACAAAAAUAUUGGCCCAUAAGGGUAAAGGCAAACACUAGUGUAAUAAGAGUAAUACAAGCACUGUUAGCAGUUAAUGGAAUGGGGGAAUAUGUCUAUACCAUCGGCACAUAAAUAUUAACAGGCAAAAUUUUCUUGAGGAUGAUGUUCUGCGGAACAUUAGCUGCUGUUCAUUGGCCACAAUGCUGUCAUUAUCAGAGCGCUAGUAACUGUGCAACCACAGCAAGUAUCUGUCAUUAAACAUACGUCAGCCGCCCUCUGUUAUUCAGGUUUGUACCAGACGUCCCAGUACCACUUGAGCCUAAUCCUUCUGUCUGACAGGAAUUAGCCCUGGGCAAACAGAACACUUUUGUAUUUUUUGCCAAAUCAUACUGGAGUAUGCCAAGGGAAAACUAUUUCCUGUCUAGGGUUUAUCUUUUGCUUGUUAAAUACAGAGUAAAGUGUAAAUAAAUAGUGAAUUUUGUGCUCAGAAUAUUCUAUAUUGAGUAGGUGCUGCCUCACUGCUUGCCUUACCUGAGAUGUCAGCACAAGGACCUAUGGAGAAACCUUAUCAGAGGCAAGCAAUAUGGCACCUGUAGUUCAGUAUCAAAUAUAUAAGGAAAAUGUUUGUACAGAAUAAGCUAUAAUGUGACAAUGUAAUAUGUGCUAAAGUGAUGAGAAUCCUUUAGGGGUGUUUAGUAGCCAAUGUCAUGCACAUACCUGCCUCUAUUUACACCACCGGGCAGCAGGCCAGCAACACCUUCAGCUGGAGCGCCAUGUGUUAGUGUAUAGCUUGUGUUAGUGUAUAGCUGUUCUGGGCUGUGAUGUCACGGCUACCAAUAGUAGAACGGUACAUGCAGCUCUCGAAUUAAUAAGAGUUGCAGCGCUGUCACUUUAACUCUGUAGGCAGUAGGAGACAAGUAGAGAAGUAGGAGCUGCACACGUGCAUAUAUUGUGGAUGGGACCCAAUUUGUCCUGACCAAGGGUGGGAUUGCCCCCCCGAAAAGGGGACACUAUGCUGGUAGUCACAAUAAAUGGGGCAAGCUUCCCCCUACACACCAGCAUAUGUGUGUAGCUACUAAGCUCAAACCUUGUGACACUCUCCUCUUAGACCAGGAAUGUUCUGUUCCCUCUCAGACCAUUGUGUAAUUCAGUUGUCCCCAAACUGUUGGGCUAAUGCCCAUAGGGAGAGCAAUACAGAAGUUGAAUGCUUAAUGCUACCCUAGAUACAUUUGAUGGCACCAUAUUUUCAUAUAUUAAAAAACCUUGUCAGUUAAGGGGGCCCAGUGUCUGACUGGCCCUCAGGGUCCACUAGAGAACCUGACACUUAGGGCCCACUCUCACAAGAGUUAGAUAUAGAUAGGGCUACAGUGGUGACAGGUCUAUGGUGGAAAUCAUUUUCCAUAACUGCGUCCAGCUAGGAGAUGCUAUAACACUAUAGCAGGCCAGUCUGGUCCUAAAGGGGAUCCUGACCAAAUGUUAUUUUGCAAUGUGUACCAUGGAACAGAUCUAUUACAAUAAAUCCUAAUUCCAAAAGGUAAAUAUAGAGAGAGUAUAUGCAAUAGGUGCUUGCUGGUGCACACUUAUAUUUUUCAGACUUUUAAGUAAAGGGUAGAAAUCAGUUGAAUAAAGGCCUAUAGUAGACCUUAUAAAUAUGUAAGAGGAACCGGACUUCAUAGGGAUAGAAUUCUGUCUGGGUAAACUCGGUGUCUACAGUUGCAUUUCUUGUGCAAAUAGAUACAGCAGUGUAUUAGAGGAAAAUGAAAUGAAGCGUACAUCAUGCUUUAUAUAUACCGGCGGGGGGGAAUGAUGUAGAUAGAGGAUCCAUGUAUUACUCCCAUGUGUGCUGCAGGGGCAGGAUGCCAGUGGGACUGUGCUAGAGACCUGACAGGCUUCUGUGCAUUCAUAUUGUGUAUAGCUGUUCUGUUUGGAACUGUAUGAUAGAGUGAUCUGUAAAUAGAGCAGAGUUGUACAUAUUUAAUGCAGCUUGCUGAACGUUUCUUCCUUCUUCUGAAGGUGAAAUUUCAUUACACUUGUUAUUUUAAAAUAACGCCAUGCCCACAUUGAGAAUUGUGGGGAGCAGUGUGGAAACACUGUGUUACUGUUUCAAUAAAAAGCUUAUUGCCAGCCAAA